AACACUAACACCGUUAUCUUUGAGCAGGAGUUCUGCAGUCCAGUGUUUUUGUUUCCUUUCAUGUUAGUUUAGGCUUGUAGUUCCUUAUUGUUUACAUCCGACCGGCUCCCUGAACACGUGUGUGACACGGGAAUGCUAACCAGGUUGAGCCAAAUGACUCGAUGGAAGUCUGUUUUUGCUCCUCACAUCCCCGGAUCAACAGGUGUGCUGGUGAGGCGUGUUUAUGUGUCUACACACCUUCAGCAGGCUUUGGGGAAAUGUUCAGUGCCCAGCAGAACCGGGAGGAGUUGGAGGAUGAGCUAUAUCGAGAUGAUGGAGAAGACUCGGAAGGGUCCGAGUGCAACAGUGAGUUGGAGUUUCACCUCUACAGUCAGCUCCACUACUCCUCUAAUCCUGGAGAGAUGGCUGACCUGGACGAUGCAGAGGAAGAGGAGGAACAUGAGAGAAAGCGGGACACUGACACCAAACCCUCCUCACCUGCUUGCGACACUCUCCAGCUACACCUCAAGAAAAAGAAUACAGAGAAACCAAAGAAGAGGAAGACUCAGCCCCAAGGCUCAAAGUUAACGUCGUCGUUUUUUGAGGAAGUUAUAGUGAUCGACUCAGGCCCUGAUGUCAUUACCAUCUCUGAUGACUCUGCUGAGGAUUUUGAUGGAGUCUGUUCCUCGAAAGGCGGAGCUUUACCCAAACAACAGACUUCCACUCCAGCACAACAGCAAACCAAGACGAGGAGCAGAAGUCCUGCCGUGCCAGUGGCCGUAUUGUGCAGCAGUUCAGAGUCCGAAACCACAUCGGAUUCCUCCGAUUCAUCAGAUUCUGAGGAUCUGGAGAACUGGAUGAUUCUGGGUCAAGGAAAGCGGGACGAGGACCAGUCCAUCUCGCUUCACCUUGAAGGGGCUUCUGACAGCAGCACAGAUAUUGAUGAAGAUGGCAGCUGGUUGGUGUCUGAGAAAGACAAGGAGGCUCAGAUCUACAACAAAGAAAAAAGCUCCAGGACAACCAGACAGUUUUUGCAAAACAGAUACUACACAGGGAAGAACAUCCACUGCAAAAACUGCAACAAGACUGGACAUCUAUCCAAGAACUGCCCUGAGCCAAAAAAGUUGGUACCCUGCUUUCUUUGUGGUGCCCCGGGUCACCUGGUGAUUGAGUGUCCCAAUAAGCACUGCAACAACUGCGGACACCCUGGACACCUGUUCAACUCCUGCAGCGAAAAACCCUACUGGUACAAGCAAUGCCACCGCUGCAGCAUGAAGGGGCACUUUCUUGAUGCAUGUCCAGAGAUCUGGAGGCAGUACCAUUUUACAACUGAAAAUGGCCCCCCAGUAAAGAAGCAAGCGGAAGAUAUGGGUCGGUCUCCUGCUUACUGCUACAACUGCUCCAAGAAGGGACACUUUGGCUACGCCUGUACAAAACAGAGAAUGUUUAAGGGGGUUUUUCCCACCAUCCCAUUCGUCAACCAUUACGACACAUUGAAGGAAAUUAACCGCAGGCAACACAGGAUAAAACUAAAAACUCAAGAAAUGCGGAAAAACAGCAGCUUCCCCAGACCUUCUCAGACUCCUUCCACCCUCACAGCACCUAAAAAGAAACCGAAAAUCAACACCCAGACGAACAAUACGCCUUACCAAACCCCAAAGCCAAUCCACAAGUCCAAUCCUAACCAUAUAUUUUUUAAGGAUGAAGAGCUCAGAGAUGAAACACCCACAACAAAAAAGUUCAGGGAUGGGGGUGGCAGUGCUAAACAGUGGAAGCCCAAGAGACCUGUGCCCUCCUCCAGAAACCCACUACCACCUGCUAAACCCGUUUUAGAUGAAGAAGAUGACUUUCCGAGAGGAGGAAGGCCAAAAAAGGAUGCAGAGGAGAGAAGGAAGAUGAAAAAGAAAAAUAAGAUGAAGCGGAUUCACUCAUCUCUGACAGAGGGACAUCAAGGAAAGCGACGCGACUGUCCUAGGUGGACCGUGGGAGAGAACAGAUGGAGGCCGCCAUCAACAAAACCAAAAGCAGAGCAAAAGAAAAACGGGAAAAAAUUUUCCCAGAAAAAACUGAACACACAGUACCCAACAGAUGAAGACCUGUUUAGCAUCAAGCAGCGCAAACGCAGCAGAUAGCAUCAGUGGGGUGCCCACAAGGGCCGUUUUCAUCCCACACUCAGUGUUGUCACUCAGGUUUCAGCAGAAGAGCUGUAGUCAACAUUAGGCUUUUAGAGCCUUUUCCCACAAAUUCACACGGUGAUUCAUGCCUAGAUCACACUAGCAGGAACAGAACUGGAAGCUUUUUGUAGUAUUGAAAUGCAAAUAGACGUAAUUUAGCUUCAGAUGAUGUUUUUGUCAUUUUUACAGUGGAAACAUUUUCUGUGAAGACAAUGUGCAUUAGUGGCUGGCAAAGAGAAACGUCAAACAGCUUAAGUCGACAUUGUGUUCUGAUGAAAAGUUUCUUAGUGGUUUGUUCUUUGUUCAAAUUUAACCCAUAAUAUUUUUUAAAACAGGUCUUGAGCUGUACGACAAAGAAACACCUUUGCUACUGUUACAAGAACAGGAUAGUAAAUCUUUUUAAAAAGCUUUUGGUAAUGUCAUUUUGAUGGAAAGAAAGUCUUCUUUAUCUAAAUUCAUUGUAAGUCAUCUUAAUGAGUAAUUACAGAAUAAAUAUGCAUAUUACUGGAGAUGUUUGUGAUGCUGAUUAACAGUUACAAAAGGAGUUUUAGUUAGCAUGUGCCACUGACAGUUGACAUGAUUUCUUCUUUGUAUUCAAAAAAUAAAUUCUAAAAUCUUG